AUGAAGAAAUCUAUUCAUCGACGAGGAGAUAUUAUACUGCAGGAGAAACCAUUCGCCUGUGUGCUGGAUCCCCGUUACCGCGAUUGCAGAUGUGAUCGGUGCUUUAAGGAAGCAAAAGUGAUGAAAUGCUCCAACUGUCUUUACGUUCGCUAUUGCGGUCGUUCAUGUCAAAAGGAAGCAUGGUCCAAUCAUAAAGAGGAAUGUGAAAAGCUAAAAGCUCUCCCAUCGGGCCUGGUCGUACCGUCCGCAGCACUGAUGAUGGCAAGAAUUGUGCGACGACUGUUGAAAGGCGGUGACACCCAUAAAGGAUACUACACCACCAAGCUUUACCGCAAAUUCAGCGAUCUUAUGCCACAUGAGGAAAACAUACAACAAGACUCCAAACGGAUGGAUCAUUUUGGUACACUAUUCGUGGUCUUACAGCGGUUGUUGGAUGAAGCGGCUAGACCGACUAAGAUGGAACUGCUUAGAAUUUAUGGAAAGAUGUGUAUCAAUACGUUCAACAUUUUGGAUAACGAAAUGAACACUAUCGGGACGGGCAUGUACAUCGGUGCCUCGAUCAUCGAUCACAGCUGUCGUCCGAAUGUGGUUGUUUCGUUUGACGGUGAAACGCUAAACAUGCGCCUAUUGGAAGAUUAUCCCGAUCAGGAACUAGAUUUUGGCAAGCUUUUCAUUUCAUAUAUCGACCUCAUUGACACCACGGAUUUAAGGCGGGAGCAGCUUGCCGACCGGUACUACUUCCGAUGCGAAUGUGAACGCUGCCGGGAUGAGCAGGAGGAAAAGCGUAUGAAUGCUGCCGCAUGUCCAAACAGAAACUGCAAAGAACCGCUCAAUUUGAAUGAUUCGGAGCUGAAACAAUGUCCCGUUUGUGGGACAUCCGUUACACCAACCGACCGGGAAACGUUCAACGAAAUCAGCAACUUUACAAGGGAUCAUCUAGCUCAAAUGAAAAGCGUAGCAUCUACAGAUCUUGACGUUAGUCGGUUGUGUUUGCAAAAGCAGGAAAGCGUUCUACACCGCUACAACGUACACCACAUCAAAACGCUUGAAAAUGCAAUGGAAAGUGCGCUUAAUCUGGAGAAAUGGGACGAAGCGACCGGAUACGCAGUGAAGUUGCUGGACGGGUUCCGACACUACUACAGCCCAUUCCAUCCGAUGCUUGGGUUAACGUAUCUGAAGAUUGGUAAACUGCAACUGUACGAGUGUCGGUUUGCCGAGGCGCUUAAACACCUACAACAGGCGGCGAAAAUAUUGCGCAUCACGCACGGUGAACAGGACGACCUGUACAAACGUGUGCUGGUACCGUUGCUUUGUGAUGCGGCACAGGGAGAUCUUGGCCAUCUCGCGAUAGCAUCUGCUGAUUGA